CGUAGGUUCCAUACCCCGCAACCCCAAACUACUUUUUCCUGUAAUUUUAUUCUCUCUGUUCUUUCUCGACAUAUUGUGAUGCCGACCCAACGACGCUCCCAGUGUGCCUCUGGAGGACACUCCCGCCAGCUUAAUAAUUUUCUCCAAUCCUGCCGCGGCAGCCACUCUUUGACUUGGGAGGAAAAAACUGUCGGUCCACUUCACCGAAUUACCUGGUCGGUCGUCUGCAAGAUCGAUGGGCAUCCUGUGGGUGAGGCCCAGGACUUGAAGAAGAACAUCGCACGCGACCAAGCUGCCAGGGAUGCGUUGAUUGCUCUCGGAGUCAUAUAUCCAGACGCUGAGGCCGGAAAUUAAGUAUAAUAUUGUGGGCGAACUCGGUUGCCUCAUGGACUUCGCCGAGGGGGCAUAUGUGGCGGCUGGCUGCCAUUGGCACCUACACUAUGUCAGUGUCCUGGUACUGUAGUUAGAUACUACUGUCUAUGCCAUCGCUCAUUUCUGCCAUGAUGUUGGCAUUCGUAAUCCAG